UGUAAUACUGGAGCCAAUGCAGGAACUGAUGUCUAGACACAAAACCUACAAUCUCAGUCCCCGAGACUGCCUGAAGACCUGCUUGUUCCAGAAGUGGCAGCGGAUGGUGGCACCGCCAGCAGAACCCACAAGGCAACCGACAACCAAACGGAGAAAAAGAAAAAAUUCCACCAGCAGCACUUCCAACAGCAGUGCGGGGAACGCCACCAGCAGCACCAGCAGCAAGAAGAAGACCCCAGCCGCAAACCUGAGCCUGUCCAGUCAGGUACCUGAUGUGAUGGUGGUAGGAGAGCCAACUCUGAUGGGAGGUGAGUUUGGGGACGAGGACGAAAGGCUAAUCACUAGAUUAGAAAACACGCAAUAUGAUGCUGCCAACGGCAUGGACGACGAGGAGGACUUCAACAAUUCACCCGCCCUGGGGAACAACAGCCCAUGGAACAGUAAACCUCCCGCCACGCAAGAAACCAAAUCAGAAAACCCCCCACCCCAGGCCUCCCAAUAAGAUGCUCCAACCGGCACCAGAUCCACUGUGGAUAAGCCUGUGGGGUAGAAUUCCAAUUGCAGAUCUUUACUUCAGGAGAGGAAAGAGGAGGAGUUAAAACUUUUCACGCAAAGAUCUGUUUCUGAACCACAAUGAUCUGAUUUUUCUGUCUUGCAUUUUUUUUUCUUUUUUAAUUGAGAGGAUCAUUCUGAAUAAGCCUCCAUGACCCUUCCUUGGAGGUCUCCAUAGGAAGGACAGAAACUGGCACUGAUGGUAAUUAAAACGAGAGAAAACACUAGCACAUCUCCUGGCACAGGUCUUAUCAACGUGUUUAUGUUGAAUUUCCUUUUCAUGCAUCCAAGGAAGGCCAUGUUGUCCAUACGUGCUCAGUGCUCAGGAUUGUGUUAAUAUGCUGAAACUAAAUACAGAUGACUUUUUACUAUUGUAAAAUAUUUUCUGCUUUUUGACUUGCAUUUGAGAGUUUCUUGUUUCAGUAAAAAAAGAAAAGGAAAAAAAAUCAGCUUUUUGAAAGUAAUUUAAGUGUACCUUUAUUUUUUCCUUCACUUCCCCCUACUUCCACCCAUUGGGCAACAGCAAAGAAAGCCCAGCAAGGUAAUUUAUGGUCAAACUGAUGUCAAUUGGUUCUUGAAUCUGAGUCCGUUCAAUUUCGCCAAAGUGCUGAAACAAGAAAUGUCUUUUUAUCAUCAAGGACACCGUGCUGAAACAAGAAAUGUCUUUUUAUCAUCAAGGACACCAGGGCAGAUUUUUUUAUGUAAAAGAAAGAUAAUUGGACCCUGGGAAAUGUAUGCAUUUGUAAAAUUGCUGUUGAUCCAAAUACUCUCCAAGCCAUGUAAUCCAUUAAUUUGUGGGCAGUUUAAUAAGUCUGAAACUUUUUGUGUUUUUUUUCAUUGUAUCUGAGUUAACUGUUCUUUUUUUAUGAUAUAUUUCUUGUAUAAUAUUUUGUAAAGCCCUCACCUAGUUCUUUUAUGGGGACUUUUCUUUUGGGGCAAUUCCAGUGUAUUUAUGUGAAACUUUAUAAGAGAACUAAUUUUUCCAUUUGCAUAUUAAUAUGUUCCUCCACACAUGUAAAGACACAGUGGCUCCGUGUGUUAUAAAACAGCUGUAUUUUAUGUAUGCUUUACUGGUAAGUGUGCCAAUAAUAAACUGUGUU